CACAGCUCCAGGACUGAGACAGACAGACAAGCGGGCAGACAGGCGCAUCCUCCAGGAGUGCAGAGAAUCCGUCAGCGCUAACAGACAGAAAGCAAGAGGGACAGUGCCAUCAGGAUGAAAGUCGACACAGUGAUCGAGAAGCGCGCGGGCAGCGUGGUGGGGGCGGAGCUGGGCUGCAGUGUGCGGGAGGAGAACCAAGCGCAGAGAGAGAGCUACAGCGCAGACUGGCGCAGCGUCAACAUCAAGACCCAACCUGAGGACGGGCAAACAGUGCACGCUGUAGACGAGUCCCGCCACGAGUCCUUCUCCCGGCAGUGGGAGGCACGGCCGCUGGUCCAGGGCUGCCCCUCGGGGGUGAUCCGGCUGGGCACUCUGGACCGCGGGGUCCGGGAGCACCAGCAGCUGCCCUACAGGAACACCCUGCCACUGCCCAUCUUCACCCCCGCUGAACUGGGCCUCAGACUGGGCCGCGGCGCCCCGCACACCCUGGAGGACCUCCGCGCCUUCCCGGCGCCUGACGGGGCCUGCCCGGCCAAGAGGGACGUGGCCGACAUCAUAAAAGACCUGCCCCCGGCCAAGCCAAUCAUGAUGGAGUUCGCCAAGGCGCCCAGGUCACUUGGUCGCUCCAUGUCACAGGAGGCCCAGAGAGGCUGAAAAGAGAGAGGGAGGGAAAGAGAGGGGUGAUAGAGACAGCAGGGGGAUGAUGGAGAGAGGGACAUGUCAGAGGAAAAAUGGGAAAUUAUGUUGGGGAGAGAGAGUAGCAGGAAAGGGGAUUGAAGGAAAUUUGCAGGUUCAACACAAUUCCAUAUCAUGGAAUUAUGCAUAUAGACAUCCCUGAGCAUUACAUUUUUAUUCCUAAUAGAGCUUUCUGGCAGUCUUUCAGGUUAAUGUGUCCUGUUUCCAAUGCCUGUAGGUGUGAUAGCGCACUGUGACACUGUCCUAAAGCACGCAAUAUUGGCAAAGCUGUAAACUGUUGCGACUACUAAUCUGCAUACACAGUACAGAAAUGGAAUGCAGAUGCAUAUCUGUUGCUGCAGCUGUCCAGUAAGCUGAGCAGACUGAACACUUUAUAAUCAGCCAUUGUGUCAGGUUUGCGAAUGAGUCUCUUUGCUGAAGUCACAGCCAGCCAAUAGUGAGUGCAACCUCAGAGCAGAGUCACUGAACCUGCAUAGCGCCAGCGGUGACCUUUGGUAAAUGUUGUAGAUGUCAGCUCUGCAGAGGAAGAAGUUAUGAUUCUUUCCAGUUUGUGACGUUCAACAUGACAGCAACCUACACAACUGCUCCCAAUGGACUGUGACUAAUCUGGAGCCUAGAUGACGUGAAGAGGCGACAUUUCAAGGCCAUCAAGGGUCCAGCACAACCUGGCCCUUCAGCAGAGAGAGAAUGACUAGGAACGGCGGGGGGUGUGUGUGGGGGGGGGGGUGUUGGAGUGGGGCAGUGAACACCAGGCAGGCAGUGAGAGCUUGGCCUUUGUCCCUCUUGUUUCGUAACAAUGAACCCUGGUUGGGCUCCAGACCUUGAGAAGUCCCUCGCGCAUGAAUCCAGCUGGAAUGUACUGUAUGUUCCUGUAAUGUGCCAUUGGAAGCCAGGGCAGGACUGUGGAGUACAGGGGAGGGCUCUGAACUCAUGACAAGAAGAUGAUUGGUUCCAACACCUAUGUCAAGUUACAGCUACAACACUGCACUUUUAGGCUAGGUGUGUUGAAGAUAGCAUCUUUAAUAUGCUACAUUAAAUGAAAUGUAUUAUUAUUGGAUUGUCUUUGUGUAUUUAAUCACUGGUGCUGUUAAUGAAUGGAUGUUUGAGGCUGAUGGCUUUGGUAUUUCAUCCUUCCUGUAUGCUACAAGUGAUGAAAUGUUUCCACUGAUUGUUAUUUUAUUUUUCUAAAAUAAAUCUAAUGUGCGUCUGCAGACUUCUGAUCCACACAU